GUGUUGCCUUGCUGCGCGUGCACGCCCACGUGUGCACGUACACCUCGAAACAUCGAAUUAUGCCAAAAAGAUCCAGCAAUGCAGAUUUACCACUCGGCUGGGAAGUUAAUACCGACUACGAUGGCAAGAUUUACUUCAUCGAUCAUAUCAACAAGAAAACGACGUGGAUUGAUCCCCGCGACAAGCACACGAAACCGGAAACGUUCGCUGACUGCAUUGGCAACGAAUUACCGUUCGGAUGGGAGGAGAGCUACGAUCCACAGAUCGGUACCUACUACAUCAACCACAACACACAGUCGACGCAGCUCGAAGAUCCGCGCCUGCAGUGGAAGAGCAAGCAGGAUGAGAUGCUGCGGGAGUACCUCUGUUCGGCACAGGACACGCUGGAGGCAAAGAAAGAGAUCCUGAACGUGAAGACACAGCGGCUGCAUUUGGCGCAGGAGGAAUAUAACCACCUGAAUGCUCUCGCGGCGAGCCGUACUAGCAUCUGCUCAUCGACAAGCUCGUGCACCAAGUUUGACCCGGAGCUGCUGCGAGCCGAUCUGGCUAUUGCGAAGGAGCGUGUCUUUCGGCUGAAAAAAGAACUAUCUCGAAUACAGAAGGAGAUGCGCAGCACACAAAAGGGUGUGGAUACGCUGGCAAGCGUGGAGCAGAAGCUGAACUCGCACGUAAACGGUUGCUACAACAUCAGCGAGGCGCAGGCCAUCAUGGAGGAGGUGAAGAAAAUUCAAAAGUCACUGAUCACCGGCGAGCGUGAAAAGAAGGAGCUGAUGAAGAGCCUGGCGCAGGUCAAGGACGAUUUGACGCGUUUGCAGCUACGCCAGGAGAGUCCGGAUGCGUCCACCUUCAACCUGGCGCAGGACCGUAUCUGCGCUGCGUCGCAAACCGACCUGUCGUGCGACAACUUUCCGAUGGGGGCACGCGAAAUGGCGAAGAUGCGCCAGCGGUACGAUGAGUGGCGACGCCGUGUGAAGGAGAUCCAGGAGAAGCUGGCGGCGCUCGAGGAAAAGAUACGACCGGGCGAGCUCGAGUCGGACCAGGACCGCUUGUUACUGUUCCAGGAGAAGAAGCAAUUGCUGCUCGAAUACCGAAGCAUCACACCCAAAUCGCGCUCGCAGUCGGAGAUGAAGCGCAUCCAGAGCGUGUGCCGGCAGCUCGAGUCGGAUCUGAACAUGGCGUACGAAGAGUCCAACCAGUGCAUCGCUAACCGUCUAAAGCUGCACGAGGAGAAGCAAGCUCUGUUGCAGCAGCUACUCGAAGCACUCAAGGAGUUUACGCACCUUGAGAACCAGCUGAAAUCGUUGUCGGCCAGCACACUCUCGAUCAGCAGCAGCUCGAGCCUGGGUUCGCUUUCGACGGCCUCGAGCAAGGGAUCGCUGAGUGGGCUCAGCUUUACCGACAUCUACGGCGAUCCGCUGUCGUCCGAACCACAGAUCGACAUGGUCGACAUAAAUCGGCGCGUGCAGCGGCUAUUCCAUCCGAGCUCGGACGUCUCCCUGUCGCCGCGUAGCAGCCUGUCGGCGGAAACACCACCAGCCUCACCAAUGAAGCUAGAUUGUGAAGGUGGUAGUAACGGGGGUGGAGGAGUGGGCGCUAGCGCCCAUGUGUCCGGUCACGUUGCGGCCAUCAGCAAACAGUGUGGCGUGAUCCCGGCACACAGCUAUCUCGGCGGCGGGGUGCCAGAAUACAGUUUCGAUCGGCAGCGGCUCGAAGAGCAGCUGCAGGAUUUAAAGAUUCGCCAGCUCGGCAUGGCGCCCCUAUCGCCGAUCUACGAGAAGCCACCGUACUUGGACAUUGCGCCAACCAUGCUCCUAAGCCGUUCGUCUUCCACCUCGAAUACGCGCUCCGUCUCGACGACGGUGAGCGAUGAGUCGGUGGCCGGCGACUCCGGUGUGUUCGAGGCGUCCCGGGCACUGCUGCCGAACCGAGACUGCGCUCAGGUGCAGAUCGGUAUUCGCUACACGGCCGGCGACAGCACGCUGUGCAUCACCAUCGAGAAGGGCCGUAACCUGACCGCACUCUCGCUGCCCGAGGACUGUCAACUAUUUAUCCGCGCGAUACUGUUGCCGCCGGGUGCGGCCGCGACCGCUGCCUCCCAUUUUAUCCGCACCGACACGGUAACCGAUUUCACGCGACCGCUCUUCAAGACGAUGCUGGUGUUGCAGUUGCCCCUCGAGAAGGUAUACACAAAGUCGCUGCAUGUCAAGGUGAUGGUACAGGUCGGCCAAUGGGAGGACUGGGUUGGCAGUGCGCAGGUUAGUCUGGCUGAGUUCAGCCCGACUGAUGCGUCCAGUAAGUGGUACAACAUUAUCAGCCGGCAGUCGAUGAGCGAGUCCGAGCUGCUCGAUGGACGAGUAAUUGGCGGGAUGAUCAAAGAGGAAUCGUCCGACGAGUCAACCAUCAUCUCUUCGUCACAAACAUCGACCUUAACGCGCAACCAAGGCCAGGACGAGUUGCAGGCCGUCCUGGAGCUCACGUAUGACGAGCUGUUGCGAGAUGAAGAGGCAAACGAAGAGGACGAUGAAGAAGAAGGGGACGAAGAGGACGACGAGGACUGCGAUGAAGUGAUCUACGGAGAAGACGAUGAAGGUAGUGAACUGAGAGAUGCAGGUAGUAUUGAGUGUAGGAGAGCAAUGUUUCUCGAUACCUCAACCAACGGAGUCAAAGAGAACGAAGAGAGCGAACCAAUACAAGAUGCAGGCGAUAGUGUUGGUGGACCAAGCGUAGAAGCUACUGACCGAAUGAUACAGGAAUACAUGAAUAGCGUGAAGGAGGCUGGGAAAGGUGGCAGCCGUCGUGCGGAGGAGCAAGAUGAAGUGGUAGUAUUGGAGGAAGCGAUGACGGCCAUCGAGCUGGCCGACAAGGAAACGAACACUGAGUGUGCCUUUCUGCCGGAACGAAACCGGCGACGGUUUAACGAUCCGGCUUAUCGCGCCUCAACCACCACCAUCGAAGAGGGUUCGGUUGUCGAUGAUCGGUUGGUGAAACGAUCGCAAACUUUUUCACCAAGUGCCGUAGCUAGUAAAACCAGAUACAUCUGCCGGUUGAACCGGAGCGACUCGGACUCCGCCAUGCACUUCAACAACCCAGUGACGCCGCACCCUUUCAAGCGAGGUUCGGUUGAACGGCGUUCUUUGCGCUACCACAACCGCGUCUCGAAAAUCUACCACAAAAUGCAUCCGGCUGUACCGCGUACCAGUCUCGACCUGGAGCUCGAUCUGAAAGCACAGCAAACGAAACUGGAGACGCUGACAGACGAGAUCAGUCGAUUGCGCGAGCUGAAGUACCGGCUAGAGCAAGCGCGUGACAAUAACGACGUGAAAGUUGCUGCCUGGGCACUUGAAAACGAGGACUUUCUACGGCUGGUUAAGAAUGUAAACGCGGUAACACCCGAGGAGCGACAGCUCGCCAAGUUGCUGAUGAAAACCUCGAAAGAAAUCUACAAGUUGCGCAAGACGAAAGUCGGCAAGGGAAAACUCGAUUCGAUAUCGUUUAAGGAAAAGAUGGCAUUCUUCACACGACGCGGUGUAUCCGUUCCAGAGUUGCCUACGGAGAUCUUCCACCAAAACGGGGAAGUGCAUGGCGUGGAGACGAUGAGCACCGGUGUAGGGUGCGGCGGCGAAACAAAGCCUGGUAGUAGCAAACCAUUGUUAGGAACUUCGGCCCCUCCAACGCCCCGACAACGGGAAUGCUUGCCCACGGAUACGGACCGUGCUGGUGGUGGCGGCGGGUCAGACGAGUCUGAAGGAGAUCGGACAUACGGCGUACAAGUUUGAGUGUGACCAGCGGAUGGCCGAAUAGGCAAAUCGUGCUCCCUCUUUCCUUGUAUGCACCUCCUGCCACAUUUGACACCUUACUCCUACGCAAAACUGUUGAACUCUUGAAAAUGACCAAAGGUUUUGCAUGCAUUUAAUUGUUAAGCUUAAUUACGUUGUUUUAUUGUUUUUUUAUUUUGUUUUUAUUAACACAAUCGCUGUAAUCACCACUUUUGUGUGUUUCUUGGCGUAAUUCCAUGUGCAUUCUUCUACCGCCUUCCCCGAACCCUGCUGUCUCUGGCCACCCCUGUCACCUUAAUGACCACCUAGUAAAAAUGACCAAAAUGUAAAUUAAUCAUAUCGUAUACAUUAGCCAAUCAAAUGGGCCUUGGCAGUGAGAUUAAGUUGAAGUUGAAAAAUCACGAAAAAUCAAUGCGAAACAGGGAGCUGAGGAGUGCUUACGCAAAGCAUAGAAUAUAAUGAAUUAUGUGAAUACGGCUUGCCCUGCCCCUUUGUUUUAAACAAAUCAACAACAAAACAAAAAAAUCGAAAUUGAGUUCGACUUCAAUACAAUAAUAAUUGUCACGAAUUAAAAGAAAUCAAGACGCGACGGCUUAUGGCGUUUUGCGCAGGGACAUUACAAUUAGUUUUACAUGAUCACGUUUCGUAUGCGUAUGUGUUCAUUCCGUUGGUUCGUGUGUCUACGUGAUCGAAGGUGAUGAAAGUCCAACAGUUAGAAGCUAGGUGCUCAUCAAUUCGGUUUGCGAGCAAUACACAAUCAAAAAGAGUUAGAUUCACUAAAUGUACCCAAAUCAUGCGAUUUUAAAUUGAAAUUUAAGUUCAAGUCAGAGCGCUCGUUGAACACUCGGAACGUUACAGCGAGAUUCUGCUGGACCUCGGAAUAGUGUGUAGUUGCCAACACAAUGUAACGCCUAACAAGAAAAGGUCGGUGGUGAAUAAUGUUAAAGAUAAUAACUCGAUGUUUUAUAGCAGAUCAAAACAGAAGAGAAAAUAAAAACAGUAAGUAGAAUGUGCAUUAAAGAGAAAGAGGAGGAGAGUAUUAAAUGACAGCCAUGCAGCAUGUAAGAUGCUGCGACAACCAUAAGCAAGUGCGUUAUGCGAUACGUGAAAAGAUGGCCCAAAGAAACAAGGCAUGACACAAGUGGAGGAAGAUAAAGACGACAAGACCGAAGGUAACAGUCUAGGGAGAAGAAAUACCGAUACAGAACAAACGACGAUGACGACCAGGACACCAACAAGUUGAAUAGAUGGAACGAAGAUGACAAGUAGCCACCGCCCCUCACCCAACAAUACUACAACUUAGACUCAUUCAACCAUAUUCGGUCGACAAAGUCGAGUUGCAAGUGUUCAUCUAACUGUUGGUUUUAAGAGUCAAAUUCAAACGUGCAAUAGCGACAAUUUUCCGACAAAUGUUGUUAUAUAUACUUAUUUUAAUACUUAUUAUAAUAUUUUAAUUUUUAUGACGAUCAUUAUUAAUAUUAGUCAUUAUUAUGAAUAUUAAUAUUAUUAUUAUUAUUACAACGAUUCCUAAUUCGCUUGAAUAUGACGUUUGGUAGUGAGUAUGCGGCGCUAUCGUUGAUGUACCGCUUCUAAUUCCUUCUCCGCACCCUUUUGUUGCUUUUGUUGCACAUAAAUCCCUGCUUUCGUUCGGGUCAUCCCUGCAGGGAGCAAACAGUGGACAGCCACCGCAUUAGCUCUCAAUUUGAUCGCAUCGUAAACAAGCGUCGGUUGUAUUUGAAAAGUGCCUUUCUCUGUGUUGAAGCCACAUUUGAAUCUUAAUGUAAUCUAAUCUAAUCUGAUCAUUAAAUUUAAUCCUAAGCAACGAUAAAACAAAAGCUUUGGGUACAAAUCAGUUGGGACAAGCCUGUCGCAUCAGUGUUUAAAACCGUUAAUAUCUCAUACUAUAUAAGGAGGGGGAGAAGAAGUAACUGAAAGCUGAGGAGAACGAGGAAUGGCCUCGACCAACCAGCCCUUAGUUAAUCAUGUUGGAUUUGUUAAAGCUUUGUUAAACAAAUUGAAAUAGAAAAUAAAAAAGCAACAAAUGCAAACGGAACGACAGAGAAAUCGAAGUGCGAAAACGAAAUGAACAUGUUUAUUGAAGUAAAGGAGGCAAACCGAAACAAUGCAACGGCGCGGAUGCAAACAAACGAACUGUAGAUAGUUUUGGGUACAACUAAACAUAAUCAAGAAAGCAAUAAAAACAAUGAUUAAAACGGAAAUAAACUUGGAAAACUUAUCCGCAAAACCGCGUAUGCUUCGCGUGCAGCAAAACCAGCUAUUUUAGGGUUAAGUAGUGGUAGAUACAAGGGUUGCUGAUAGAGCCGUUGCAACAUAUGUGCCUUAUUGACCGGAAAAGUGGAAGCAAAAGAAAUGACAGUAAAGGAACGAUAAGAGUUCGAAAAUUAGUUGCGUGAAGGCCGGAAAAAACGGUGGAAAAUUGGUUUGUUCUUUUUUUUGCAUUAGCCGAUUCUAGGUUUUGAUUAUGAUUUUAACAGAUUACUAGCGGAGUGUCUGACGAGCGUUGAAUAAAUGUUAGUUAGGAUUUUUUUUAUUCCGAAGCCGCUAAGGAAAGGAGCAAGGAACAAAAAUCCAAAAACCUUUGUUCAAUUUUCUACAAACACAAAGAAGUCCCAAUGGUCUAGGUAUGCGAAAACGCAAGUUAUUACCUAUUUUGCGACAAACCACAAACUAUAAAACUAAUUCAUACACAUUUUGAAUUAAAUUCAUGCAACGGUACUCUGUUCGUUUUCUUGUCUCUAUGUAUGUGUGUUUAUAUAUGUUCAUAUAAAUGCAUAAGUGACUCAA